AUAUUUAAGAGACUAUUUUGAACCAAUUUUAUCACACAUAAGGGACCUUUUGGGGAUAAUAUCGUAUUCGAGAUCAGAAAAGGUUAUAAUCCCCAAUAACCACAUCACCGGCAACCGCCGUCUAAAGACGAUGCCGGUAUUCAAAACUCCGUUUAACGGUUACUCAGUAAAAUUCAGUCCCUUUUACGAAAACCAAUUGGCUGUCGCCACCGCGCAGAAUUUCGGCAUCCUUGGUAACGGCAGAGUUCACAUUCUUCAGCUCAGUCCAAACGGACCCAUAUCUGAACUUGCCGCGUUUGACACAGCUGAUGGAGUUUACGACGUUUGCUGGUCGGAAGCUCACGAUUCACUUGUGAUCGCGGCAAGCGGCGAUGGUUCUGUGAAACUCUAUGACCUUUCUUUGCCUCCUACCAAUAACCCGAUCCGUUCUUUUAAGGAACAUACACGGGAAGUUCACUCGGUAGACUAUAAUACGGUGAGAAAAGAUUCGUUCUUAUCAGCGUCUUGGGAUGAUACUGUGAAGCUAUGGACAGUGGAUAGAAAUGCUAGUGUAAGGACUUUUAAGGAGCAUGCUUAUUGUGUCUAUUCCGCUGCUUGGAAUCCAAGACAUGCUGAUAUCUUUGCAUCUGCUUCUGGGGAUUGUACCACUCGCAUCUGGGAUGUCCGGGAACCAGGUUCUACCAUGAUUCUGCCUGCACACGAGUUUGAAAUCCUCACAUGUGAUUGGAAUAAGUAUGACGAUUGUAUCAUUGCAACUGCGUCAGUGGAUAAGUCAAUCAAGGUUUGGGAUGUUAGGAAUUCUAGAGUGCCAAUAGCAGUGCUUAAUGGACAUGGAUAUGCAGUGAGGAAAGUGAGGUUUUCACCACAUAGAGCGAGUGCAAUGGUUUCUUGUUCAUAUGACAUGACAGUUUGCAUGUGGGAUUACAUGGUGGAAGAUGCACUAAUUGGGAGGUAUGAUCAUCACACAGAGUUUGCUGUAGGAGUUGAUAUGAGCGUUCUCAUUGAAGGUCUAUUGGCUAGUACAGGAUGGGAUGAACUUGUUUAUGUUUGGCAACAUGGAAUGGACCCUAGAGCUCCUUGAUAAACGGAAGUCAAACUUUUUCUUCUUAUUACUUUUAUGUACUUUAUGCUAAGAGAGGAAGUGAUAAACUGUUUAUGUUUGGCAACAUGGAAUGGACACAACAGAUCCUUGACAAAGGGAAGUCAACUUUUUCUUCAGUUACUUUUGUACUUUAUUUUAAGAGAGGAAGUUAUAAACAUAUCUUUUUUAGUCUCUCAUGAUGUCUUGUGUUGAAGUUGUAAAAUAAUUUGAAAUUUCAUUGUAUUUAAGAUUUUGGUAAAACCUUGAUAAAUAACAUUUGCACCAAACAACUUCGAUGUUUCAGAAAAUAUGCACUAUAUUCAAUCCCUUUGGGUUCUGUAUUGCUUUUUGGAAUGUCAGUUCCCUGAAUUUCCUUAAUAUUAUUCAGAAUUGUAUGAGGGGCAGUGGAUCGGGGGCUGAAAAGAAGGCAAUAUACUUCAUUCUCAGUUUUCAACAUGCUAUCUUACUUUGUAUAACGCUCAUGUGGUUGCUACUUUUUUCCUUGUAGUGUAGCUGUUGUUAUCAUGACUCAUGUAAUUUCUUCUGUCAAUAAUCGCCUGAUUCACGUUGCAUGUUAAUAAGAAUAUGUAUGAAAAUGAAAUAAGAAUCUCUUUUGCAGACUUUGCAACAGUGAAACAAUUGGAGCUACUCUCAUAUUUUUCUGUUUCAUAUUCUCGAGAUCGGGUGUUAAAGAAAUAAUCUGUAACUGGCAAUGACUAUAAUUUUAAAAAAAUAAACAAAAAUAAUGAAAGUCAAAUGCUCUUCUUCAAAUUCUAUAUUGCACACCAUUUCUAAAAGAUGCUGGAAAUCCCUUGUACAAGAUAGUAUGUGGCUGUUAGUUACCAGAAACAAACAAAAAAAAACAUAGUAUGUGGAUUUUUCCUUGAACGCGAUUGGUUUUUCGGGAAUUCAUGAUGCUCCCUCUGUUAUCAUUGUGUUAAUGAAAUAUUGAUAAGAUGGUCUUAGAUGUGAAGGAGAACAACUUGACCUGGAAAGGAGUUUGAAGAUACUGGUAAAACGGUAUUAAGAUAUGAGUUAUGAGAAAGAAAACAGAUAGAACCUGUAAUGAAAUUAGGUAUUGUUAUUAUUUUUCCAUUUAUUGAUUUUCAUUUGCUUUGAAAAGGUAGGAUUUUACCAUGCCCAAGCUCUUUUUCUUUUCAUAAUUUAAAGUUUGCUAGAAAAGUAGGAUCAUGGACCGCCAAUGUGGUUUGGUCACCUGCUUAAUGUGAAGCUAAGUGUAUAUUUUUUAUCACUCUUUAAGGAAUGUGAAGCUCAGUAAAUAUUCUUUAUCAUUCUUAAAGGAACACAUGGCCAGAUGUUCAAUCAUGAAGUUGGAACACUGUAUGAUCGAAUUGGGGCCUCUGCAUGCAGUGUUCAUUGCUCUUUCCUUUGCUCUUUGUUUUUCAAAGGCUGUUGCUGCCUCUCUAUUUGCGUACUCGCUGACAAGAUGGUCUCUCACUUGAAAACUAAAUGUUCUAUUUGUCAUUAGUAACAUGUUGGAAUUUUAUUUCCUCUUCGAGUAAACUACUAGUGCUGCAUCCCAAAAGCAUUUUGCUGAUGUCGGUAGUCUUGAUAAACAAGAGUUGAUCUGGUAUUAAAAAAGAUAAAACAAGAAAUUGAAAUAUUGCUGGUACAUUUUAUUAUAAUUAUAGGUUUUUUUGAGUUGGCCUACAGUUUCAUUGCUAGUACUGAGCAGCCUGUUGCAGUUGAUCAAGUCAUUGACCCAGGAAUAAGGGUGACAGCAUCCAUGGGAGCAGAGAGAAACUUGGAUGCAGGUUUUUACCAGAAUUAUAUGACUUUUAUAGCUGCAUACCACAUCAGGUUGUCUCUUCGUCAACACCUAGGGAGGAUGCUGGAUGCAGGGAGGGUAUGAUCACUUGAUUGGUACCUCCGAGCAUGGUCUUGUAAUGAAGUCCUCAGAUUUGAUUCUCCCAUCAUUCAGGCACCUGCUAAUUGCUUUUGGUGGACUUGCAGGGUUGGAAGUGUGUAUAGAAGAAGACAAUAACUUUAAGGGGAAAAGUGCGAGGGAAGUAUUUGAUUUAUAUUUGAAUACAUGUCCACAUCAAGGAGCAGGACAAUUCUAACAGAGUUCCGCAAACAGGAAGCCAUCUUCAUUUCUCUGCAAUACUUACAAGAGCCAGUCAACGGUGUUCUGCAGAAGAUUUAGUACCUUGGAAGUUACCAACCACCUCAACUCGAGGUGAUUGCACUAUGAGUUGGUUUUGAAUGCGUCAAGGCAAGUUGACCAGACUGUGUACUCUUCUGCCGGUGCUGCUACAAGUAUUCCGACGGUGGCAGCUGAAUCAAAAAUUCUUCCUCCCAAAUUUCCAACCUUUUACGAACAUCAAGUUGAAGAGUCUUCAAGUUCUGUUACUUGUCCUGACCAUGCUUCACAUUUAACUGAUAAUUUCUUCAUCUGUUUCCCUUUGCUGUACUCCAUUUUUGACAUAAAAGUAGCAAAUGGGAGGUGGAACAUGAUUUGAAGUACCCUUUGGAGUUUGGUAGGCUGGGUGUCAGUUGAUCUUCAGGUUCAGUUGAACUGAUUGACAACCUCUUUCUUAUUUUGUACCUCUAGUAUCAUAAACGUCAUGAUGGCUUCCAUUCUAUAGUUCUUGUAAUUUAUAAAAUGAUGGAAGUUUUCAUUCAA